GUCGUUAUUUGACGUCUGUGCUUGGAAUGAAAAAUUGUCAAUAUUUAUUUAUUUCUAUGAACGUAUGAGAAGUAAUUUUACAAAAAAUAAAUUUCAACAAUGUCGGCCAGGCAAGCCAUACAAGUUGGCACAAAAACUGUAAGGCCAGUGCUCUCAUUGACCCAGGCCGAUGCAAAAUCUAGAGUUCUAAGUCUAUACAAAGCAUGGUAUCGUCAAAUUCCCUACAUCGUAAAGGAUUUUGACAUCCCAAAAUCUGAAGCACAAUGCCGAGCAAAACUAAAGGAAAGCUUCUUAAAGAACAAGGAUGUUAAGGACAUAAGAGUUAUUGAUAUACUUGUCAUUAAGGGUCAGAUGGAGUUGAAAGAAACUGUGAAUGGUUGGAAGCAAAAUUGUCAUGUUAUGACUUACUUCAAGCCAACCGAAGAACCCAAGCCUAAAGAUUUUCUAUCUAAAUUCUUCACAGGUCAAGAGUAAUUCUGAUUAUUGUACAUACCUAAUAUCUUUUGUUAAUAAGUAAAAGUGUACUGUAGAAGUAAUGUUAUAGAGAAUUUAUUUAAGUGAUUAAAGAUUAAUUCCUA